CUUUAAGAGUGCUUAAGAUAGGAAAAUGCUGAUUGUGCAUAUUUAUGCCCAUGUAUGUAAGCAUGUGAAGUGACGUACUAAUGACGAGAUGUAUGUAGAAGCAUGUUCUUUGUCUGAAAAUGUAUAAAAGGCAAGUCAAUGCCUUGAUAGGGUGCUCUGGUUUGCUUUUUGGAACACAUUCCACUUCCAGAGACUCAGCUGAAAUAAUAAACCGGACUUUUUGGUCUCUCAGAAGGAUCUCUCUUGGUGUUAUCUCCCUUCAUCUACAACAAUUCUAUGAAAACCUACAAAACCUCUCAUGUGCCUAACUUGGGGACUGCCUGUAUAUGUGGAAUAGGAAAAGAUGAGGGACUGAGAUGAAGAAACAGGGACUGUGUUGUUGUUGUGUUUGUUGUCCAAGGCUUUCAUGUGUUGUUAUUCUUUGUGAAAAGACAGGGGCCCACACAACUGUCCCAGGCGGGGAAGGGAAGAAGGAGAGAAAGGGAGCAAAUAGGAAAGUGAAUGGACAGAGGCCACACCCGCGUUUGCAAGGGCUUCGAGGGCGGGUUGAAGGAGUACUUUCUCUUUCAGUGUCUUCCUCCCCUCCUGCUUCCCACUCAACUCCCAGAAAGGGAGGCUUGUCUCCUUCGGUGUGGCUUCCUGGCCAUCGUCUAAACGGAGCAGGCAUCCUCAGAGGUUGUCAGCUCUGUCGUCGAAGGCUUUCAUGGCCAGGAUCACUGGGCUGCUGUGAGUUUUCCGGGCUGUAUGGCAGAAGCAUGUAUGAAGCAUUCCGGGCUGUAUGUUCCAGAAGCAUUAUCUCCUGACGUUUUGCCCACAUCUAUGACAGGCAUCUUCAGAAGUUGUGAGGUCUGUUGAAAACUAGCAUCCUGUGACCAAUACUGAAAAACAAGCAUCCCAAAAAGGAUUUGAAAGAACCAUCAUACUCUAUGGCUGAAAGAAAAUACUCCAACACCAGCAGCUUCUUCUCUAUUUGUAUAUUUAUAGUAUCUUGUAAUGUCAUCUCUGCCUCUGUGGAAGAUGGACUCAUAGCAAACUAUUCUAGAACAAUCCGAUACACUGUUCCAAAGAACAUACCAUCAAAAACAACUGUACUGGAUUUAUCCCACAAUCAAAUUCAGGAAAUUCGGAGUUUUGAUUUCCAUUCCCUUCCCAAACUACAAGCAUUAAUACUGUUUGACAACCAGAUCAAAGUGCUUAACUUCAGUGUUUUCCAAUACAAUAAAGACCUACAAUAUCUAGAUCUAUCCCACAACAACUUGCAGGCUCUUUUUGGUCUUCCUAUACCAAGUAUCAGGCAUUUAGAUGUCUCUUAUAAUGAUGACAUAAAGAUGACCUUGUGCUCUGACUCUGGCACAACAUGGAAGCUGGAAUAUUUUGGCCUGAGUACUAAGAGAAUGCAGAAAUCUGAUUUCUGUGCCCUUGCUCACUUGCAAGUAGAAACUCUAUUCUUGGGCUUAGAAGAUCUCUCGGAAUAUCACCCUGCUUUCCUUCCAGCAUUCAAUAUGAAGAAUCUUCGGAUUGUGCUCCCCAACAUAAGGAGGUUCCCCAUUAUUUUGGAUCUAGACCUCAAUGUUACAGAAAGUUUAGAGGUUUCAAAUAUUCAAGAUGAUCAAAUCAAGCACUCGAUAACAUUUCUAUUGAAACACAACAAAAAUGGAAGACUGCUGAAUUUAACAGUGACUAGUAUAAAAAUUUCUUGGAGAGAUAUCGUGAAUGUUUUGACGGUUGUGUGGAAAUCCACCAUUAGAUAUUUCCAUAUCUAUGAUGUGACCGUUUUAGAAUUUGAUUAUUCAGUUUUCAGUAACAUUGAUACCUCUCUACAGGCUUUGUCCAUAAAACAAACCAGGCUUGCUACUGUGAAUGUUAAUCAAACCAUUGUGUAUAGAACUUUUUCAGAAAUGAACAUUCCAACCUUGACAAUCUCUGAUUCUGGUAUAUUAUUCAUGCAUUGCCCUUCAAAACCCAGUCGUUUCACAUACUUAAGUUUUUCAAAUAACACAUUGACUGACACAAUUUUCCAAAACUGCAAUAACCUCCCUCUCCUAGAAACACUCAUUUUGCAGAGAAAUUACCUUAAAGAUCUCACAAAAGUGAGUUUAAUGACAAAUCCCAUGAAGUCUCUGAAAUAUUUGGAUGCGAGCCAUAAUUUCUUGCAAUAUGAAGGUGAGAAUAAGUGCCACUGGGCCGAAAAUAUGGUUGAACUGAAUUUGUCAUCUAACAUGCUGUCUGAAUUGGUCUUUAGAUGUUUACCGAUCAACGUGAAAAUUUUGGAUCUGCACGAGAACCAUAUUUCAAGGGUUCCUAAAGAGAUGCUUAAGCUGAACAAUUUAGAAGAGCUGAAUUUGGCUUUUAAUAAGUUAACUGCAUUGCCUGGAUGUGAUUCUUUUAGAAGUCUCAGAUUGCUGAACAUAGAAAACAAUUCUGUUCUUUCUCAAUCUUCGGAAUUCUUUGAAAGCUGCCAGUACAUCCAAAGGUUAAAAGGAGGAAACAAUCCGUUCAAGUGCUCCUGUGAAUUAAGAGAGUUCAUUAAUCUUGGAAAACAGGGAUCAGUGGAGUUGGUUGGAUGGCCUGACUCUUACAUGUGUGAAAAACCUGAAUAUGUAAGGGGAACUCUUUUAGCAAAUUUUCACAUUUCAAAACUUGCUUGUAAUGUGACUCUCCUUGUUGCUGUAAUUCUGAUUAUUACAGUGGUCUUUGGUGUAGUUGUUUGCAUCAUCUGCCUCCGUUUCGAUAUCCCAUGGUAUUUGAAGAUGAUCUGGCAGUGGACCCAAGUUAAACGAAGGAACUGGAAGAGUCAGCAGCUGAACACUAUACAGUUCCAUGCCUUUGUCUCCUAUAGCGAGCAUGACUCGGACUGGGUGAAAACUGUCCUGAUUCCAAACCUGGAGAAGGAAGAUGGCUCCAUCCGGAUCUGCCAACAUGAAAGGAACUUUGUGGCAGGGAAAAGCAUUGUCGAGAACAUCAUAGACUGCAUUGAGAAAAGUUACAAGUCAAUCUUUGUAUUGUCUCCCAAUUUUGUGCAGAGCGAAUGGUGCCAUUAUGAGCUCUACUUUGCCCAUCACAAGUUGUUCAGUGAAGAUGUUUAUGGCUUAAUCCUUGUUUUGCUAGAGCCAAUCCCUACCUAUAUUAUUCCUGCCAGGUAUCACAAACUGAAGGCCUUGAUGGCCAAGAGGACAUACUUGGAGUGGCCAAAGGAGAAGAGCAAGCAUGGACUUUUCUGGGCUAACCUUAGGGCAGCCAUUCAGACUGUGCUUCCUAACAAUGAGGAAAUGGAGGAAUUGCAGGGUUAAAAAAGUCAAUUUGUAUGUGCACCUAAAGUUUUCAUUUUAUCAGUCAAGUGCAAAUGUUAAAUGCACACAAUUAGGAACAUGAUUUUUUAAAACAGAAAAGUUUUGAAAAUACUGAAAAGUUUGUAAAUGAAAUGAAGAACAUUAAUGGUGUCAUUGCGGUGUGCCUUCAGGUUGUUUCAGAUGUAUGGCGACCUAAGACCAACCCAGCAUGGUGUUUUCUUGGCAGGAUUUGUACUUGUUGAGUUGACCUUCCUCUGAGGCUGAGAGAGUAUGAUUUGUCCAAAGUCACCCAGUGGAUUUCCGUCGCUAAAUGUGGAUUUGAACCCUGGUUUUGAAUCCUAAUCCAACUCAGACCACUGCACUAUGGUGUAAUGUUUAUGAAGCAAUGCUGUAACGUAGCAUCUCUAGAAAAUAUCAAGUAUAGUUCAAAACCACUCAUGUCCCAUGAAGCAUGAUGGGGUUAUGGUUAAGAAAGUAAGACUGUGCUGUUCACAUAUAACAAUGCCACUAUGGGUUGCUACUGAAAAGCUCUUCCAUCUUGCAUAAUUUUCUUGAACGUGUAGGUACAAAUAUUGUUCAACUGUACUGUCAAUCCUCCACUGGAUACGCUGAUGGAGGUUGUAGUCAAUUUCCCCAUACUGUGGGUCUUCAAGAACAAAAUGGUCCUCAUGUCAAAUACCUGACACAGAAAAUUGCAUUUCUUUACCUGCUUUUGAUUGAAAUAACGAAAUAUGCCUUCCCUUUCUGGCUGAAAGCAUUACCAUGCUGGGAGGUUUUUAACUGCAACACCAGCGGCUCCAGUUUGAUUUAGCUAUUCCUAGGGUGCAUCGAUGCUGUAGAAUUAAUGAGGUUUUACACCAUUUUAACUGCAGUGGCUCAAUGCUAUGGAAUAAUGGGAAUUGCACUUUUGCAAGAUCUUUAACCUCACCAGGAUUCUAUAGCUUUGAACCAUGGCAGUUAAAGUGAUGUCAAACUGUAUCAAAGUCUUUUUUUGGAGCUGCACAGAUUAAAUUACAUUCUUCUGCUACCACCUGCUGGUUAGCGUUUAUAUUACAAUGCCUCCAAUUUGCUUGGUUGUACUUAGUUGCUUGGUUGUGCCUAGUUGCUUGGUUGUGCCUAGUUUACAAGACAUCUUUGAAUAAAUUGGCGGACUCCUGAAUUAGUUGUAUGACUAGAGGACAAAGACCUCCACUUCUAAACCUAGAUCACAGAAAAGAUGUCACACGUUUUGCACUAAAGAAGUAUGUAUGCAAUUUUGACUCUGUUGCUAUUAUUGUUAAGAUACACUGUUACAUUGAAUAAAUACUGUUCUUUGGGAA